AUGUUUGUUAUCGCAACGCUCCACAGGUCGUCACUUUUCAUUCUCUUCCUUGCGUCUGCUCUUCGGUCACGUGAAAUUAUUGUAACCAUGGCGUUUCUUCUCAAAAUGGUCUCGGUAUCUACGAUGGUCGUUGGAUUCUUGGCCAUCUUCUUUCAGACUUGCGAGCUAAUCGUUUUUCGAUCAGCAAAUAACGGUUUCAAAGAACCUGAUGUCGUUUCUGCCGGUAUCUGGGGCGGUUUCUUCCUCGUCCUUUUCAGUCUCUUGCUUCUGAAUAAUCGACUACGGGAUACUUUGGCCAUCCAGGGUUUGGCAGUUUACGGUAUCCUAGUUGGAAUCACCAUUAUUGGAUUGUAUUCGUGGAGCGUCAGUAGAUAUCAAUCGGCCAUUCCCAAUUGUGGCAACAUCAACAUUUCCAACGUGACACUAUGUGGACGGGUUGCCCUCGAUUCGUUGCUCAUCUUUUGCGGCAUCUUAGCCGUGGGGCUCAACGCUGCCACCACCAUUCUGGCGUCAACCUUUACGUUAGACUGAAUUCAACAAUUAAAAAUAACGAAACAAUGGACCGAACAAAAUGCGCGGAUUCCAGUGCAGCCACAAUUAAUUUUGACGAAUAACUUCCCUGCGACAAAUAAAUAUCUUUAUUCGCUACAUCA